AUGUUUAUAUGGACCAGUGGCCGGACCUCUUCAUCUUACAGACACAAUGAGAAAAGAAAUAUUUACCAAAAAAUCAGGGACCACGACCUCCUGGACAAAAGGAAAACUGUCACAGCACUGAAAGCAGGAGAGGACCGGGCCAUUCUCCUGGGACUGGCCAUGAUGGUCUGCUCCAUCAUGAUGUACUUUCUGCUGGGAAUCACACUCCUGCGCUCAUACAUGCAGAGCGUGUGGACUGAGGAGUCUCAAUGCACCUUGGUGAACGCGUCCAUCACAGAAACGUUUAACUGCUCCUUCAGCUGUGGUCCCGACUGCUGGAAACUCUCUCAGUACCCCUGCCUCCAGGUGUACGUUAACCUGACUUCUUCCGGUGAAAAGCUCCUUCUCUACCACACUGAAGAGACCAUGAAAAUCAAUCAGAAGUGCUCCUAUAUACCUAAGUGUGGAAAAAAUUUUGAAGAAUCCAUGUCCCUGGUGAAUGUUGUCAUGGAAAACUUCAGGAAGUAUCAACACUUCUCCUGCUUUUCUGACCCAGAAGGAAACCAGAAGAGUGUCAUCCUAACCAAACUCUACAGUUCCAACGUGCUGUUCCAUUCACUGUUCUGGCCAACAUGUAUGAUGGCUGGGGGCGUGGUGAUCGUUGCCAUGGUGAAACUCACACAGUACCUCUCCCUGCUCUGUGAGAGGAUCCAACGGAUCAAUAGAUAA